AUGAAUUCCCAACAAACAUCCGCAGUCAAGGGAGGAACUGGCAGCAUUGCUACUCCAGCCAACAACGUCAAUUACAGACGUGGCUCUCAAGAAGGAACUCUCUUCUCCGGACUCCAGGCACAGAAGCGCUCGAAUAGUGAUGCGGCUACAAAAGCCAGACGAGAGAGUUUUGCAGAGCAAGCUCCUAAGGCGGGUUUCGUGGGACAGAUGUGGAAUUCAAUUGUCAAGGGGCAGUGA